AAUCCAUACUAAGACAAACUCUGAAUCUUAUGAUGAUAGUCAUAGAUUAUGAUGUUAUUCAUUAGUCACAGUAAAUAGAGUAGGUUGCAAAAUAUAAAAACUUUUAUACAAAAAUAUUUGUACCUAUUUGCCAUUCUUCAUGUUACAGAUGGAUAACCGGACGUUCAGAUACAGCACACUUCUUGUAGAGGGACUACAAAUUACACAGCAGUCCAGCCAGCUGACUUUCAUCUUCCUGUUGACUGUUUAUGUUUUUUCAAUGGUAUCUAACAUCGGGAUUUUGAUUCAGAUCUUAGCAGAAAAAAGUUUACACCAGCCAAUGUACAUUCUUUUCUGUCACCUGCCAAUGAGUGAUAUAAUAGGAGCAACUGUCCUUAUACCACGUUUACUCAAGGAUUUAUUAACAGACCCUUCUGAGCGCUACAUCACAUAUAUCGAGUGUGUUUUACAGGCUUUUUUUACACACUUAUAUGGAACAACAUCCCACACUAUUUUAAUGAUUAUGGCCUUUGACAGAUAUGUGGCGAUAUGCAAUCCACUGAGAUACCCAACAAUAAUGAACAAUAAAAUGAUAGUUAAACUUUCUGCAGGAGCCUGGGGUGCUGCUAUCGUUCUGGUGGGAAUUUUGAUCGGCCUUAGUGUGCGUCUCUCUCACUGCAGAUCUGUGAUUGAAAACCACGUUUGUGACAAUCCUUCACUGUUUAAGCUGUCCUGUGAAAAUACAUUCAUUAAUAAUGUAUAUGGAUUAACAUUUACUGUGGUUUUACUCACAUCCUCUUUGGGGUGGGUGGUAUUGACAUAUCUGAGAAUUGCAAUGGUUUGUAUAAAAAGCAAACAUAAAGCGACAAACAGCAAAGCUAUUAAAACCUGCACCACUCACUUGACAGUCUAUAUUAUCACAAUAAUCUUUGGUUUUGUUCCAAUUUUUCUCCAUCGUUUCUCUGAGUAUACUGAGAGUAGAAAGUUCGGGAAUGUAAUGUUUCAUGUAGUACCGCCAGGAUUAAACCCAAUAAUUUAUGGCUUACAAGCCAAGGAAAUAAAAGAUAAAAUGUUAAAGCUUUGUGUAAAAAAGGUUAAUCCUUCAUGAAAUCCAUUCCAUUAUAAGACAGCAGCCGCUGCAUGUUAUUUGCAAUUAAAUGCAAAUUCUAAUUGUGUAACACUUCAUUUUAUAUUUUAAAUUAGUUUUAAUUGUACUGUCUAGUGUUGUGUGUGUAUAGGGAUUUGUGAAAAAUAAGUUAACACACACGUUUUUAUACAUUUAGAAGACAAAUAUGUGUAACUGUUAGCAUAAUUAAUAAAUAAAUGUGCAGUUGGUGUACUCAAAAUAAAUACUAUUAAUACUAUAAAUAAGUACA